AUGCAUUCACCACUAAAAGCAAGGCGGCGACGUUUCAUACUCAUUAUAUCACUCGCUAUAACAUUAGGUUUCUUGUUUCUCCUAAAUCUACUACAGUUAUCCCGAUCGCAUGAUGCUUCUUCUUCGAUUCAAAAAUUGUCAGAAAGAUUAAAAGAACUUGGGCUAGAUAGUACUCCAUGGUCGAUGCCAGAUAGUAUUGAGAAUAACCAAGAAGAAGAAGAAGAAGAAGAAGAUCAAGGAAAAGAUGGAUUAAUUGGAAACAGGGUCAAGCAAGAUUACUCAAAGGGACCAAAAAAUCAACAUCAGCAGAAAUUGACUCAAAAAGAAUUGGAGGUUUUGAAUCUGAAUUUGAAUCUGAAUCUGAAUUUGGAUUUGGAAGCGAAAAAGAAUCCACACAAAUACCUUGGAGGUACUAGGAAAAUGGAUACGGAAGAAAAAUUAAAGUAUCAAAGUGGUAAACAACUGACAUUACUAGGAGUUCCGCAGAAGGACCAAGAUUUUGAACCAGUAACCAUACCAAAACCAGUUUAUAAAACCGACGUCUCGACAAACUUUAACCUAAACCCGAUUAAGCCACUUCGCUUUAGAAUAUACUCACACAAUAUCAAAAACGGGGGUAAUCGGCCAUUGACCCCUGGAGAGUCGCUGUGGAAUGAUAGAGUACAUGACUUGGCUAUGUCUAUGAAAUUUCACAUUACUGCAAAUACAAUCAUUACGCUACAAGAACUGUACAAGUACCAGGUCUUGGACAUUAUGAAUUACUUGAACUUGGACGGAGAUGCUGGUGUAGCUGGUGGUAGCAAUAGUGAUGGUGAUGUGCCAACUUGGGACUUUUAUGGUGUAGGCAGAAUCGAUGGCGCCGAGUAUGGCGAGUUUGCACCCAUUAUAUACAAUACAAAGGAAUGGGAGUUGGUUUAUAGUGACACUAUAUGGCUCAAUGAGAUCGAUACUCGAAUUUCAUACGAAGGGUGGGACGCCUUGUAUCCUCGCAUAUGCAGCUAUAUAACAUUACGCCAUAGAGAGCUGCAAAAUGUCAUUAAUGUGUUCAACACUCAUUUUGACCAUAUCGGGAAAUUGGCUAGAAAAGGCUCGGCCAAGUUGAUUAUGGAUACCGUGCAGGACCUUCAAAAACAACAAUGCAAAAAUAUACAAGGAAAUCACUGGCCCGCAUUUAUAAUGGGGGAUCUCAAUGCCGAACCUAAAGAAGAAAGUAUAAAGAUUCUCAAAGAUGGAUUUGUUGAUUCUGUUACAUUGGCCACAUCAAACAACAAAUACGGUCACACAAAGUCCACGGUGACCGGAUUUGAAGGUGAAGUUCUCCUCAAUGGAGGACAAAAUAUCGACUACAUAUUUGCACCAAAGUACGCGCAGCUGAUUGGUGACGUUAAGGAUAAAGUAGAGAAUAAGGCUAAGAGCAACAAGGAGAAGAAGGAUAAAUGUGACGAGCUUAAGAAAUCCAACGCAUUUGCUGAACGUGCAGACUUGACGCUCUUGCUGUAUGGUAUGCUACAUUCACGAUUUAAUGGUCGAUAUAUGAGUGAUCAUCGACCUCUUGUAGCCGAUUAUUACAUCUCCAAUAAGUGUCUCUAA